AUGUCUCCAAAUCCAUUGAUCAACUCCUCUGAGAGUAUACCACUUUGCGACUUUGAUGAGUCAUCAGAUUUGGACGGGUUGGUCACCCAAGAUGCCGAAAAGCAACCAAUCAAGCAUCGGAGCCGGCUUUAUAUCGUCUGCCUUAAUCUGGGCAUGGCCGGUGUCCAGGUCGCGUUUUCCAUACAGUUUGCGAGUGCCACGCAAUACUUUAAAUCCAUAGGCAUAAGCCAGGUCGCAGCUACACUGCUUUGGCUGAUACCCCCAAUCUGCGGCUCUCUUCUGCAGCCGCUCUUCGGCAGAUGGAGCGACGCCUACGGAAAGCGGAAGCCAUUUAUAAUGGCCGGAGCCAUGGGCAUCAUUGUUUCCCUGCUAGGCUACGCCUGGGGCCCUGACCUGGCAGUCCUGCUUUCUCCUUCUUCGGCCGCGACCCUGUCGCAGCUGCUGGUUCCUUUCUUCUUUCUCACGCUCAACGUUGCCGUGCAGCCGGUGCAGACGGGCCUGCGUGCCCUGGUGGUGGAUAAGUGCGAUGCUGCCCAGCAAGCCGAGGCGACGGCGUGGGCCAGCCGCAUCAGCUUCUUGGCGAGCAUGGCGUGCUACCUAGCUGCAUCGCGCGACUUGGCGGACGGCUUGCCCGGCAAGAUGAACCAGCUCCAGGCGUUGGUAAGCCUGGCCAUCGUCAUGGUUGUCGUCUCUGUAAGCGUCACGUGUUCUGUCGCGUCUGAGGGCGCCGAGUCGAGAGCUCCGCGGCCGCCCAAGGCUAGGGAAGGCAUUAUGGCCAUUUGGACGCUGUUGUCUCCUCGCCUGCGUCGCAUAUACAUUGCACAGUUUUUUUCUUGGUUUGCCUGGUUUCCAAUUCUUGUCCAGAUAUCAAGCUAUAUAAACACGCUCGCCUGUGCGGCUGAGCCCACUGCUCGCCGCGAGGAAAGCAAGUGCGAGUCGGCAGGUGCAUCCGCUCUCUUCGACCAAGCAUGCGUGGCGCUCGUCAUGUCAGUCACGCUACCGCCUCUGAUUGAGCUUGUCGCUUCUCUCACCCAAAAAGGCCAAACCCCCGAGUCCCUGCGCGGCUUGGACCCAGACUACCGGUCUCGGCCGGGGUUGCGAGUCGGUCGGAUGGUCUGGCUAGCCUCGCAGGUUCUUGUUUCCGUCUUGCUGCUGUCCAUGACAGCUCUCAAGUCCGCGAGGGUUGCGAUCCUGGCAACGGCCGUCUCCGGAGCCUGCUGGUGCGUCACGCAGUGGCUACCCUUCACCCUCGCCAACGAGGAGGUGAUCCAGAUCGAGCGGAGGAGGAGGACGGCCGGGCUGGGAUCGCGCACGGGGUUGCUGCUUGGUGCCCACAACAUAUUUAUAGCCGCGCCCCAGGUCCUCGCCACUGUCUUCUCCAGCGUGCUGUUCCAGCUUCUCGAUCUCGCUGGGGAAACUGACCGGUCGAACCAGAUUGUGGGGGUGUUUGGGGCGAGCAUAGCUUCGUCCUUGGUGGCUGCGAUUUUGAUUUCGAGGCUAUAG